AUGGCGUCGACAAAAUACACUCGCUCUUUUCCAAAUGAUCGUUGGAAUGACGCUUUAGCAAGUGUUUGUUCUGUGUUUACCAUCAAAGAUCUUUAUUCAGAGCAAAAAGAAGCCUUGGAGAACUUUUUUGCUGGUAAACAUGUGAAUUUACCAACCACGUUUGGAAAAUCAUUGAUUUACCAAGCUAUUCCAGUUAUGGAUGAUUCCGUCAAACUUCGAACAAAGCGUAGCGGAAUAAUUGUCGUAAUCUCGCCUUUAAAGUCUUUGAUGAUUGAGCAGGUCGCAUUUUUAAAUAGCAUCGGUUUGCCGUCGGUUUCUCUAACAGAUGCUGAAUGUGAAAAUGUAAAGGUGAUCCAAGAUGUUAUCCAUGGGAAGUAUUCGCAUGUUUUUCCUCGCCUGAAUGCCUUCUUUCCGUCAACGUUUGGAGGGGUAUAUUUGCAUCUGAGCAGUUUAAAGAAAACCUUAUUGGUGUUGCAAUCGAUGAAGCACACUGUAUAAGUCAAUGGUAAGUUGCAAAUAUAUUAGCAAACAUGCAAGAACUGUAUGUUUUCUUGAAGCUUGCCCGGUGUGGAUAUACACUCAGAGUAACAUCACAAACAUAUUAUUCACCUGAGUACACAACACCAACACAGAAAAAUAUCAUAUUACAAGAUUACAUUGGUAUCGAAGGAACUAGAUUCUGUUCCGAAAUAUCACUUACUCGAACCGUCCUGACCGCGUAGUAGCUCAGUUGGCAGAGCAUUGGGCUAGUGUUCCAAAGGUUGUAGGUUCGAUUCCCACCGUGGCCGGGCAUAUUUUUCAAGCUCGCCCGGUGUGGAUAUACACUCAGAGUAACAUCACAAACAUCAUGUAUGUAAAUAUGUUUGUAAAACAGACUUGCAUAUGAGUUUGAAAUAUCUGUUGAAAUAGCUGUUGCUGAAGUAGCCUGCUUACAGGCUAUAUUAUAUUCUGGUAAAAUUGUUUCCAUGUAAACCAACUGAAAAUAACCUAGUUUGUAGUUGUGCAUUUACUGCACAGUACACUUGCACACUGCAUAGUGAAUGAGCAAGCCAGUGAAUGAUAUAAAAUAGAAUAUAUAGAGUUCUUUGUUCUUUGUAGGGGAAUGUCAAAUAGUGAACAAGGGAUAAAAAAGAUUCCCUUCCGAAAGUGGUAUGGAAAUCUUGGUGAGCUGAUGUCUCUUGUUCCAAGUAACACCAAUUUUGUGGUCCUCACUGCCACUGCGAUGCAAGAAACGACUGAUUGCAUUUUUGAAAGUUUAAAGCUACCACCAACGAAAACCCAUACUGUAAAGCAAAGUCCUGAUCGCCACAACCUACGAUACAGUGUCCAGUACAUUGAUAAUAAUAUACCCUUAAAAAUGGUUUUUGCUGGCCUCCUCAAUGACAUGAAUGAGAAAGGAGUGGAAGCGGACCGAACAUUGAUAUACUGUCAAACCCGAAAGCAUUGCGGUUUAUUAUAUCGUUUAUUCGAGAUACAUCUGAAAGAUAAAUUUUACCAUGGCUGUGCUAAACCCAAGAAUCGAGUUGUUGAAAUGUAUCAUGCAUCAACUCCUGAUAAUGUGAAAAAGCAUAUCAUUGAAAAUCUCAGUGAUGAAAGUGGGCAUAUACGCAUCUUAACCUCUACAAUUGCAUUUGGGAUGGGUGUUAAUUGUAAAAGCGUUCAUUGUGUUGUACAUUUUGGGCCUUCUAAAAAUAUGGAAUGUUAUGUGCAAGAGAGUGGGCGAGCCAGUCAGGAUGGAAAGCCAAGUAAUUGCAUCAUCCUUUAUAAUGGAUUGCUAGCUAGUUAUUCUACUCCUAAAAUGAAGAAACUCCUCGCUAAUGAAACAUCAGAAUGUUUGCGUCAAUUGAUAUUUGCGGAUUUCGAUAUAGGUAGCUGUCAUUUUGACUUACCUCAUCAGUGUUGUGAUGUUUGUGCACAGACAUGUCAAUGUGGUAACAGUGAUUGUGGAAAAAUACCAGUCAUAAGUUGUGAUCAAGAUGAUGAUGACAAUGAUAUUCCAACAAUUAUCCGAUCAGUGACAACAGAAGAUAAGGCAACACUGAAAAGUCUUCUAAUGUCAUACAGAAUGCAACUGAUAGAGAUGGAGGUGAACACUAUGACCUCCUCUCUUGGCAUUCCCAAUGUUUUUCUUGAAUUUGGAGGAAUGCAGAUCUCCCAAGUCCUCAACACCUGCCACAAACUAUUCACAAUUGAUGACGUAGUUGAGAAUGUGGAAAUUUGGAGGAAAAAUCAUGCUCUAGGAAUUUUAGAAGCUAUUAAACAUGUUUUUAAUGACAUUGACAUAGAUUUGGAUUUGUCUGCAGUUGAGGAUGAGGGAUUGGACAUUAACAUGAAUUGGGAAGAAGUCAGGGAUGAUUCUAGUUUUCUGAACAUGGUCAAUUCGCAAUCUAUGGAGUGGAGCCAAACAGACACCUCUGCAGACACUACUUUAGUGGAAAACCGUAGUGACUUCUUCAAAGCUUUAGUACACAAGCACAUAAUUAUUGACAUUGCAUUGGCAGAACAAGGCCACAAAUUACUGUAGGACAUUGGACAAUGUCCGACUAAAUUUGGCAAAUGUCCGAGCGAAAGUAAUUUUGAUUGGACAUUGGUCCAAUCAUACAAAAAAAUGUCACUUUAUACAUCUCUUGCCGUGACAAAAUCCGAUUUCAAAUUCACUCAAUUUGCAUUUUGCAAUAAAAUUUACGAGGCAUUCUAGCAUUUUACUUAAGUUAAUGUCGUUGGAAUGGCUAUACAUACUUGUCUUGUGACAUAUAUAUAUAUAUAUAUAUAUAUAUAUAUAUAUAUGUAUCUUGUGACAUAUAUAUGUCUGACCAAAAUUAAAAAUGAUUGGACAAAUAUUUGCGACCCAACUAUCAAUUUCUAUUAACGCCAACUAUUAAUGUAACCCAUUAAGGUGCAACAUUUACUUUAGAAGAGAUAUAAUUUGGGUAUCAACCCCUAUUACCCACAGAAUAGGGCUUGGCACAAUUUGCCUCUGGACCAUGGGUUGCCUGACCAUCUUGUGGCCGGGAAAUCUGAUUGGUUGAUUAGGCAUGAGAUAUUUCUAUUGGUUGCUUAAAAAUAACAAAGCCAAGAUGACAACUGCAAAAGUCAUCUUUAAGGUUUUAUCAAAUUUAGUGUCAAUCAUAUUUAUCUCUGUCAAUGCAUAAACAUUAACAUGUGGAUGGCCCAUGGAUUAGGCACAAAUUGUGUCAAGCCUUAUUCCAAUAAUAGAGAUUGAUACUCGGCAGAUUGGGGGAAAUCCUUCCUUAAAAAUUCAGGCUGCAAGAAGGCUAACUUGACCAAUAAGAUGCAAGAGUCUUAAAGCUAUAAAUACAUUGGGUUGCAUUGCACCUUGAAAGAUUACUUUUGUAAAUAGACUCCAGAUGAUGUCAAUCAGUAUCAUAUGUAAAAUACAGAUUAGGUGUGUUGCAAUUAAAUUUAACAUAAAUUAUCAGUGUGCUGCUAAAACGUUUAUGCAACCAGAGUACAAGGUUCUCUACCUAGCCUUUCUAUGUAGGAUCAUAUAUUGUUUAUGAUCAUUGAUCCAACUAAAGUAUUUUUGCAAGUUAAAGCCAGAUAAUAAAGUUGGCUCAACUUUCGAGAAGCAACCAUAACUUCUACCAGGUGUUAUGGUCAACGCAUUCUGUGAUAAAAGUUCACUGAUUAUCUUUUCCAUGUCAGCCUUUUCCGACUUGCAAACAUGCUUCCCUGAUCUUUUAUACAACAACAUUGAUUCAUCAAAAUUGUCUGUGAGUUGCUUUGUUAUGCCCAAUGCAUGGGAAAACUCUGUUGAUAAAUUCUAGGGCAAGAUCUAGAGGAAUGUUGCCACCCAUUGUAUUCUUGCGUUUGGAAAAUCUGUUCCAAGUAAGUUGAUGGACAGCUUUUGGACUCAAAAGUGCAUUUAUCUGGAAGAGCAGAUAAAGGCCUUCCAAAGCAUACUUAUAGCUACCUUUGUCAUGAUGCAGAUACAAUAAAAGAAAUUUCUAAUAAUUCUAGCACCAUCACCUUCUGAAAUUGCAUCAAAGAAAUUUAGGAUGACCAUACCAUAAUCGAGGAGAGCUUUCUGAUAGUUAUACAUGUCAUCUUGAACGACAUCAUCAUGGAUUUCAGUGAGAAGAGGUUGCUCUUGUAUACUGACAGGUGGACUAUGAGACUGUGUCUCCACUUUCCAUCAGAUUGGAAAGUUUUCUUGCAACCUGGAAAAUGACACUUGUACCGACCGUCAAGUGUUCUAUCCUUUGAAUCCUGAAGCUCUCUCUCUUCCAACUGUUUGACUGCUUUAGCAAUUUUCUUGUGCUUUACUUCAUCAAGGAUGUACUUAUCAACAAUGGAAGUGGAUAACUUUGUCAAAUACUCUUUCUUAUCUUAUCUUUGUUAUUCCAUGUUUCUACAUUGUUCAAGGUAUCUGGCUCUUCUUCUAAGCUUUCCAUUCCUAAUUCAAUCAUGCCAGCAGCAACAACACGUGACUGGAUUUCCAGGGUAAAGAAACGGCGGUUGGCAUUAACCGCUGAAUCUACAUCCUUCUUAACUGAGCGACGAUUGAUAAGGUUUAUUAUUAUUAUUAUUAUUAAUCUUAUUUAAUCACGGUAGCCUUUCAGAAGUACAUCUGUUUUUCAAAGGGCCGUGAGUUCAUUAAAAUAUUUACAUAAUUGGAGAGAAAAAAAAAAGAAAAAAAAGGAAAUCUAAAAGCGAGAAAAACAGGCCACUUACAUAAACUAUUUACAUGGAUGCAAUUAAUUACACUAUAGAUUAGGACCAAUGGAUUAGGACAUACGUUUUAUGACAUUCUUAAAGGAGUUGACAGAGACAUCUUCUAUUAAUGCUUGAUCAAUAAUAUGAUUAGGUAGGUUAUUCCAACUCAUAGCUCCUCGAUAGGGAAAGCUAUUUUUUUGAAAAUUUGUCUUUGGCUUAGGUAGGUAAAUAUUUCUAUUGUUGCUACGUAAUUGAUAGUUGCCGUUUUCGUUCAAGUUAAUUGUCUGCAUUAGGUAGUCGGGCACUAGACCUUUAAGGGCCUUAAAUAUCAUUACAAGGUCGCGCUCGUCUAAGUUGUCUUUUAUAGGUCUCCAGUUUAAGGUUUCAAAAAUGUUAGUUGAUCGUAUGUCGUAACUGGAUCCUGUUAUUACACGAGCAGCCCUUUUCUGUAACUUAUAUAAUUUAUUAAUGUGAUCAGCGCGAAAGCCAUGCCACACAGUUGAGCAGUAGGUAAAGUGAGGAAAUACAAGUGAAUUAUACAUUGUAAUUAAAACAUCUUGUGUAACAAAAUCUCUAGCUCUUCUUAACAUUCCGAUACGUGCUGAGAUUGUUUUACAUUGUUUACUGUUAUGUUCUUCCCAUUUUAAUUGUUCAUCUAUAAUUAUGCCUAAGGAUUUUGUGCUUUCAACUCGUCUUAUUUGCUCGCCUGCGAUUGAUAUGUUUGUAGUAUUUGUGCCAAUAGAAUUUAUUUUUUGUCGUGAGCCAAUAAUCAUGUAUUCAGUUUUUUUACGGUUUAAAGUCAGCUUGUUUGCGGUUAACCAUGUGUGAAUUAUUUCUAAAUCGUGAUUCAGUUUACUCUCUAUAUCUGCGGAUGAUAGUCCGUUACAUGAUAGGCUUGUAUCAUCCGCAAACAUUGUGGCGCUUGUUGUUACAAGGCAAUUUGGCAGAUCAUUUAUAUAAAGGAGAAAUAGCAACGGGCCUAGAUUUGUCCCUUGAGGAACUCCGCAGGUAAUUGUUCUUAUAUCCGACAUUUUUUUGUUAAUUUUACAUAUUUGCUGCCUCUUCCUUAAAUAUGACUGAAACCAUUUGUGUGCUGUACCCUUUAUUCCAUAAGCUGUCAAUUUAGAUAAAAGAAUAUUGUGGUCCACCGUAUCGAAUGCUUUUUUUAGGUCUAAGAAUAGUACACCAUUAAUGAGACCUUGGUCCAUGUUUAUUAACCAUUCAUUUGUUAAGCUCAGUAGUGCAGUUUCAGUUGAAUGGAGUGAUCGAAACCCUGACUGGUUUGGUGAUAUGAUACAGUUUUCGUCUAAAUAAUCAAGUAUUUGUGUAUAGACAAUUUUCUCGAAAAUCUUUGCAAUUGUUGAAAUUACUGAAAUAGGUCGAUAGUUUCCACAGUCUGAUUUUUCACCUGAUUUAUAGAUAGGGGUAACCUUGGCGACUUUCCAAUCUUCUGGAAAAAUUCCAGUACUUAACGAUAGGUUGAAUAGAUGAUUUAGGGAUGGUAUUAUGCUGUCGCCAGCUUCCUUGACCAAUUUUGUAGAUACGUUAUCAAGACCUGGUGACUUGUUAGUUUUGAGGUUCUUAACCACUUUUAUUAGCUCAUCAUAGGUUAUGGCAUGAAAUUCAAAUGAAGUUGACACUGGAGUGACAUAACUCAAAGGAUCAGUAUUUGUAAUGGGGAUGUUACUAGCUAGUGUAGGCCCAACUGAACAAAAAUAGUCGUUAAAUUCCUGGGCUAUAUUUACAUCACCGGUUAUGUCAAUCCCAUUGACCUCCACUUUAUUAACCGUAGUGGAUUUGGAGUGUUUAUUUAAAAGUUUAUUAAUAGUUUGCCAACACUCUUUACUAUUUUUGCAAUCUUUCAGCUUGGCAUUAAAAUAUUCAGUUUUGCAUUUCUUAAUGAGUUUCGUAACUUGAUUUCGGCAUUUUUUAUAAGCCUUAUGGUAGUAUUCAGAGUUUAAUCUGACGGCUUUCUUUUUGAGAUCAUCUCUUUGAUAGGAAAGAGAUUUAAUUUGAUCUGUUAGCCAUGGUGCAUGAGCACUUUUAACUCUGCGGGUUUUAAUAGGUGCAUGAGUAUUGGCAACGUCUAGAAAAAUUGUUUUCCAUUCAUUCCAUGCAGUGUUUGGUUCAGCAGUAAAGCUGUACGUUUUAAAUGUUUCCUGUAAGUCAUGCUGGAACGCUGCCGUGUUAAAAUUUUUGAAUUGCCUUGUCUCGACUAUUUUUGGAGGCUGUUUAGGGAUACUCACUUUACGGCAAAUGUAUACAAGGUUGUGAUCACUAAUCCCCAAGUCUAUCACCCCGCUAUCAAUAGUUUUUGUAUCUUCUACUUUAGUGAUCAUCAAAUCUAUUAAUGUUUUGCUAUUUAAGGUAGUUCUUGUUGGUAUCUGUAUAUGUUGCUGUAAUUGAUAUAUGUCUAAAAGGUCUGUGAGUUUUUUAGUAGGUGCGUCUUUGUUUGUUGAAAGUAAAUCACAGUUAAAGUCGCCGGUGAUAACUAAGUCUUUGUUUUCAUUCUCCAUUAAAUGCAGAUUAUUUUCAAAUUUUUCAAAGAGUUCAAUAGGGGAGUUUGGUGGUCGAUACCAUGUAGAUAUCAGAAAAGGUUUACUUUUAGGUUUUUUAAUCUCAACACAAAUUGACUCUAAGUCUUGGACGAGUAAAUCGUGUCGCUGGAUAUAAGGAAUAUUAUUUCUGAUGUAAAUGGCAACUCCUCCGCCGUGCCUAUUUCUAUCACGGCGUAUUAUGUCAUAUCCACUAAUCCUGACAUCUCGGUCAUUGAAACUUUCAUCUAGCCUUGUUUCGUUAAUUGUAAUUAUAUCAAAAGAUAGUUCAUUGAUAACUAUAGUUAGUUCGUCUAAGUGUUUUGGCAAGCUAGCUAUGUUAAGAUGGCCUAUUUUAAAGCCCUUUAGUUUCGGAUACGAGUGCUGUUCAUAAAUAGAUGAUGAAAUAGAUUCAUGAUUUGAAACGUCUAGAUUUGCUUCUAUGUCUAAAUUUACUUUUAAUUGUCAAUGUUUUAUACAGUCAAUUAAAUUUCUAGCUAGGGUGGACGUACCUCUAGCAUUUAAAUGAAGCCCAGUAGCAUUCAGGUGACUUUUACUAAUGUUGAUAUGUUUAAUAAACAACCAGUUAUUUUUUAAACAUAAGUUAGCCAACAAGUUAUUUGUAGUACUAAUUUUCGCAUUAAGGUUAUCGUCACUUCGAGUGAUCAGACUUGAUAUAAUAACUCGACACUUUGAAUUUUGCUCUAUAUGUUGACCAAGAUCAUUUAGUUUACUUACUAUUUCUUCGGGUCGAUCCCUUGGGAUGUUAUUUGUUCCAGCGUGGACAAUGAUUGCUUUAGGACUUCUCUUUAACGUAGGUUCAACAUAAUGUUUCAUAUCUUCAAUAGUUGCUCCAGAAAACGUGCGAAUAAUCACCCUUUUAUUGCUGUCUAUAGAGCGUCGUACUCUGUUUACGUCUAGCCGCUUUAACAUUGAAUCUCCAAGGAUUGUAACGGAAUCAAGGUCGUGGAUUGUUGAUACAUUGCUGGAAUUGCAGUCGACUUUGUUGAGGGGAUCGCUAGUUGUUUUCUUAGACUUUUGUGUCUUUGAGUCGUGCUUUCGGCCAUGGCUUGUUGGUCUUGCCUCGUCGGCACUUAUGAUUUCUUGCUCUGACUCGUCUGCCGUCUCAACUUCUAACGGAGAAUAACGGUUUGAACCCAGAACGUUUACCAGAUUAGGGCCUGCGGCGGUAGUUUUAAGAUUAUCUUGUUUCGAUGAUGAAUUUCCAUUAAUAUUUCUACUCUUUGGUCUUGAAGCGACUUCUUUGUAGGUAUUCUGUGGUAGGUGCUUUGUUGUCAUGAUGUUAUUGUUGUUGCUUAACUUGACAUCGCCAUCGGACUGUAUUAAUCGGAUAGCAGUUAAAAGGCUAGCCUUUUCGUCUUCGGCGAUCUUUAAUUUUGUAUUGAGGUCGGCCAGGAUGAAUUCAAGAUUAUUCAUUCUCUCAGUUAGAUCUGUAUUUUCACAUCUCAAACGCUUGUUUUCAUCGCGAAGACUACCUGUUCCUGAUGCAUCAUUAGACAUUUCAGUUUUGUAGUCUUCGAAUUUGCAUUGUAAAGUAUUUAGUUGCAGUCUAAUGUCUUGAAUGGCAUUCUCGUAGGAAUAGGGGUGUUUAUAAUUUGGGUAUAGUUCAUGCAGCGAAGAUUGGUUUUCGUCUUUGCUAUGAUCCUGUUCAUCGUCCUUACAGUCGUCUUGUUCUUCGUCUUGGGCCAAUUCCAUAUUUCCUUCACUAAAGUUUCCAGUUUCUAUCACUAAACAUG